CUCAGUGGAGGAGGAGGCAGUAGUAGUAUUAGUAGUAGUAGUAGCUAUUGUAGAGAGUAGAGACAGGGUAGUACUGUAAUAGUGAUUAUAGUAGACACCAAACAGGAACUCUGGAUCUGGAACAUCCUCUCCAGUGCAUUGGAAGGCAGCCCAUGGUGAUGGCGUCGUCCCAGCUGAGGAAGCGGGGCGGCGGCCCGGAGAAGAGGGGUGGCCCAGAGCCGGUGCCAAGAAUGCAGCCUGCCAUGAUGAUGUUCUCCAGUAAGUACUGGUCCCGGCGGGGGCUCUCUCUGGACUCGGCCAUGUUCGACCAGCAGAAACAACACCAUACCGGGGGACAGAUGUCGCGCCGGCCCUCCUUCUGUCCAAUAGAUGAGAACCCAACCGACAAAGAGAUCAGGGAGAGCAGGGAGUCGGGGAAGACGGCUGUUGUUUUCUCUCUGAAGAACGAGGUGGGCUGCCUGGUCAAAGCCCUACGCCUUUUUCAGGAGAAGCAUGUGAACCUGGCUCACAUUGAGUCGCGGAUGUCCAAGCGCAUCGCUACAGAGGUGGAGAUCUACGCCGACUGCAGCUGCAGCAAGAAGGAGUUUAACGAGCUGCUGGAGCACCUCAAAGACCACGUCAAUAUCAUCUCCUUCAACACGCCCCAAAACCAGUGGUCUACAGAAGCAGAUGGGGAGGAAGUUCCUUGGUUCCCCCAGAAGAUUGCAGAGCUCGACCAGUGUUCUCACAGAGUGCUGAUGUACGGAUCAGAGCUUGAUGCAGAUCACCCAGGCUUCAAAGAUAAUGUAUACCGCCAGAGGAGGAAGUACUUUGUGGAAAUGGCCAUGAAUUACAAAUAUGGCCAGCCUAUCCCCCACAUCAAGUACACCCCAGAGGAGGUGAGGACCUGGGGCGUGGUGUACAGGGAGCUCACCAAGCUCUACCCCACACACGCCUGUAGAGAGUACCUGAAGAACCUACCCCUGCUCACUAAGCAUUGUGGGUAUCGGGAGGACAACAUCCCCCAACUGGAGGACGUGUCCCUGUUCUUGAAAGAGACGUCUGGGUUCACGGUGAGGCCUGUGGCAGGAUACCUGUCUCCUCGGGACUUCCUGGCCGGUCUGGCUUACCGGGUGUUUAACUGCACUCAAUAUGUCCGCCACAGCACUGACCCGCUCUACACACCCGAACCGGACACGUGUCAUGAGCUGCUCGGUCAUGUUCCGCUCCUGGCCGACCCCAAGUUCGCCCAGUUCUCCCAGGAGAUAGGCCUGGCAUCUCUAGGGGCAUCUGAUGAGGACGUACAGAAACUAGCCACCUGUUAUUUCUUCACCAUUGAGUUCGGCUUGUGCAAACAAGACGGCCAGCUGAGGGCAUAUGGUGCAGGUUUGCUGUCAUCUAUUGGAGAGCUGAAGCAUGCCCUGUCUGACAAAGCCUCAGUGAAGAUGUUUGACCCUGGAACCACCUGCUACCAGGAGUGCCUCAUCACAACCUUCCAGGAGGUCUACUUUGUCUCUGACAGCUUUGAAGAAGCCAAAGAGAAGAUGAGGGAGUUUGCCAAGACGAUCAAGAGGCCGUUCUCAGUGUACUACAACCCCUACACCCAGAGCAUAGACCUGCUGAAGGACACUAGGAGCAUCGAGAAUGUGGUGCAGGACCUUCGCAGUGACCUCACCACCGUGUGUGAUGCCCUGGGCAAGAUGAACACAUACCUGGGAAUAUAGCACUUGUGUAUCUUGGGCAUAUACUUCUUGAAUAUAACAUCUUUGUGGAAAUGAAACAGACAUGACCUGUACAGUGCACAGAUAUCUCUUAAAAUAAAAAUAGAUAAAAUAGUAAAUGUUUGAAGUGACAUGAAAAAUAAAUCAGAUCUAUUUUCCACUCAGAGUUUAUUGUAUAGAGCAGGGGUAUUCAACUCAUACCCUACGAGGUCCGGAGCCUGCUGGUUUUCUGUUCUACCUGAUAAUUACACCCGU